UAUGCAGCUAGCAGAAAGAGAGAGCAAACACCGUAAUGAGCACCAAUGAUGGCGUGCGUCCUUUUGAUUCUGACUGCAGCCCGGUUCGUCGCACUUCGGCGGCAAGAUGCUUUACCUGUGCUUCGUCCUCGUUCCCGUGCUUGUCCUUGUCCCGGUGCACUCCCCACAAAACUGCGGCCUUUUGAUCCAUUGACAUCUCCUCUCUGUGGGAGACCAGUAUCAAAAGACCCUGCUGUGAGGAUUGGAAGCUGGAUUGAUGCUAAUGCAGUACGGCAUCCGGUGUAUGUUGGCUGUACAAAGACGGAAUACAGAGCGGAACACAUACUUAUCCAGACUAAUACCAAGCACAUGCAACAUGUGCUACCAUAUCUCACUGCUCUCUUGCUACUAAGAUGACCCUUGAAGAAAAACAAACGUUAUUUUCCAGUCAACCAUACGAUAUCCCCCGUCGUCUCGUCAUCAAUCGUCUCACCCAACAAACCGUCCCCCAUCACCCGUGCAAUAACCCCAAUUCCAUCCACCCGCCUAACAAAACCCCAGACCAUCCAAACAUUUCCCCCAUUCAGCCGUCUCGUCUCCGCAAAGCCGUCACAUUUUCGUCUGUUCCUUUCCUCACCUAA